AUGGCGACACAGAUGCUACUCGUCUUCGGAAGCGUGCAGCAGCUUGGGCAAUUACCCCGCUGGCACCCGACUAGCCCCCAAUAUCAACACUUUGUCCCUCAGUUCCUCCUUCGUAACUUCUCUCACCCCUACAAGCCAGAUGGACCAACCAAAGGCCGCAAAUUCCAAAAGGGGAUGUUCCCAAAAGACAAAGUCGUUCGGCACGUUGAUUUCGCGGUUGAUCCGCCUGUUAUUUGUGAGAGUCCCGUCAACCGGAUCUUGGGACUGGUCAACAUGUACGACAACCCGAACAAGCCAACCGCUUUGCAACGAGAAGUCGAGAUCCUGUUCUCCAAACUUGAGCAUCAAGCUAGCCAGAUCUUCCGCAAGAUCAGCAAGGCUUUCGAGCAGAAAAGUACCGUGGUUUCAAUGUCACGAGCUGAACGCGAUCUCAUGCGCAAGUUCCUCUUCCUCCUCAUGUACCGGAACAGAGGGUUUCAUACCCGCUUCAACCAUGCCACGCCCGACGGGUACAACGAGAAUGAUAAGGAGCUUGUGCGCGAGUACAUGCGCAAGAACAAUAUCAUCACGCCACUGGAUGUGUGGCUCGACGGGAUCAAGACCAUCAUCGAGCUCCCUAUGGACCCGGGAAAGAAGUGGCUGGGGGUGUUGAUGGGCAAGAUGUACCCUCAAGACGCCAUGUGGUUCUGGUUACACGUUGAGUUCUCCUACAUGGCUAUUCUCACCCCUGCAGAGGAUGGCGACGAGUUUAUUCUGACCGACAACGCGUAUGCGAUAUUCGAAGGCCCCAAUACUUCUGCGCUGGACGCGGAGACGCAGGAAGUCAUUGAUACUGAAUAUCUUCCCCUUCAUACAUUUGCACCUAUUUCACCCAAGCUCUUGAUCGUGCUCCGAGCCGACAUAUUUCCCGAUCCCCUGGAAGACGCUGAUGAGCGUGUUAGGGAGGCGCGGAAACUUAUGCGAUUAGCAUGUCGUGCCCCUUUGGAAUCCCCAGGCUCGGAGAAGGUUCGCUCAUUGCUGGCGGACCUUCCCAUCUCAAAAGCUCGAAACAACUACACGGUGAUCGUUGAUAGCCGACUUGAGCUCAAAGCCGGGCAGCCUCCUAAAAGACGUCAAACAGACAGAUUCGACUUCACCAUCUUCCCUGUCAAACAAAACCACGUCAACAUGAUCAACGGGAUUCUUUUGGACAGUUGUGCCCCUUGUACAAGCAUCGUGUUUGAGUCUCGUGACGCCUUUGCCCGCACACUCGAGUGGUAUCUCACUGCACCUUGCAGCAUGGGCAAAGUGUUGGGUGGGAAACACAAGGAGACCCGCCGCCGGGCUUUGUUCAAGUUGGAGGCCAUCUCCCGAGCCUUGGGUUCGCAAAAGGAAACCAAGUGGGAAGAUGUAGAAGAAGUUGUGAUGAACAAUAUCGAGCAGUGGCGAGCAGAGAACCUUGACAAGCAAUGA